AGCUUAGAAUCACAUUCAUAUUCACAUCUUGUAUCACAUCUUGGUCAAGUAUGAGCCGGACCAUCUUUCUCCUGUCAUUGGUCUUCCUGAUCUGCAUGGCUUUCACUGAGGGCCAACGGAUGUUCAUAAGCAAGCGGUGCCUGUGCUCCAGAACAUAUGACAUACGGCCUGGAAACAUCAAGGAUUGGAAAGUGCACAAACCAAGUGCAUUCUGUGGCACCACUGAGAUUGUUGUGACUUUAAAGAAACCUCAAAUAAAAGUCUGCCUGAAUCCUAAAUCCCCACUACGACUUCAACUACAAGCGAAUUAAGGCACUCACUGGACAGCUGAGCACCAAGUACAUACCAGAUCCUACAUCAGAUGACAAUGCAAGAACCGUCAAAGAAGCUUUGUAGAAUUAAAACAACAACAACAACAACAACAACAACUGUUUGUCAAACAAUAUUUUGAUUUAAUUUUUAGUCAGAGUUUGCUUUUCAGUGUUGUUUAUUUUAAACACAGAUAACAUUACUAAUAUAUUGAAUAAUAUAACAUAUAUAAUAUAUAUAUAUAAUGUUUUGUUGUAUUUAUAUUGUGCCAAAUGUUGAAUUACAAAUGUAAUAUUUUAUUUUAAAGAUAAAAAUGUUCAUGAAUAAAUGCAAGAAUGUCUUA